AUGUCGCACCUCGUGCCGCUCAAGCGGCUCGACGAGCGCGCCGCGGCGACGCUGCUCGCACAAGUGCUGCUCGCGCUCGGCUACCUGCACGACUUCGUCGGCUUUUGCCACCGCGACAUCAAGCCCGACAACGUGCUGAUCGACGCGCGCGGGCAGCCGAAGCUCGCAGACUUCGGGCUCGCGCGCGCGCUGCCGCUGGUGCUGCUGGACCAAAGCAAGCCGGCGGCGCGCGAGACGUUUUACUCGCCGAUGGGCACGGUAGAGUACAUGCCGGUCGAAAUCGUGCGCGCGGCGACGCCGUACACGCGCGUCUGCGACUUUUGGUGCGUCGGCGUGCUGAUGUUCGAGAUGCUCGCGGGCGAGAUGCCGUUCAGUCUGCAGGGCGGCUCGAAACGCAAGCUGAAACAGAGCAUCCUCGCACACGGCACGCUGCUGGACCACUGGCCGUCGCACGUGCCGCUCUCGGCGGCCGCGCGCGACCUGCUGCAGCGGCUCAUUGCGGAGCCGCAGCAGCGCUACUCCAACGUCUACGCGGUGCUCUCGCACCCCUGGUUCGCGCAGGUCCAGCUCGACGACUUCUAA